CCUUCUAUUUCUCGCAAAAUUAGUUUUGCGUGGUAGAUAUUUUUUUCUCUCUCUUAACAAGAAAAAGAGAGAAGAGCGAGCUCUCUUUAUCUUUCUCGCAUCAACCACGGAUUCGACUCUUCUUCUCCAAACGACUUUGAUCGAUUUUAGGGUUUCUCAGACUUAGAAGUAUUUUUCUUAUUUUGUGUAAUUAAAGAACAAAAACAGAAAAGCUAGAAAAUUUAUUGUGAUUUUGGAUAUAAAAGGAAUUUAAAUUCAUUUUCUGUGAUAUUUACGAGAAAAAAAUUUCAUGGCUGACUCGAGAAACCGAGAUUUUUGUGAAAACGACAGGAACGACGGUGAUGAUAGUGUCGUUGAGGAUCAAUACGAUGGCGUUGAAUUCGACGAUUCCUCUUCGGCGUCCUCUGGUGCCGGAUCUGCGUCGAGGAGCCAGGUUGGGCUUGAGGAGCGUUUGACGGAGAUUCUCGUCGAGGAACGAGAUGGCGAUCUGUUGCUUCAACAAAACAAUAGAGAAGAGAGGGUGUUACAGUGGCUGAUGGCGCUUGAUAUGCAAGUUAUCGGUGCUUGUCGAACCGAUGAGAGGUUAAAACCAUUGUUAAAGAUGAAUGCCUCCAACGGCGCUGCUGAAGAUCGUUUGCUUGCUCAUUUAAGCCAGCAUUUUGAGCCGGCUGAAGUUGGUAUGCUGGCGAGGUGCUUCUGCAUACCACUUGUUUCCAUCAGAGUUGGAAAGAUCAACAAGCAAGGGACUCUAUUGUGCCCUACUGCUGCAAGGGGAAAUCUUAAUCUCACGGUAUUGCCAACAUCUGAUUUACGCCUUUCUUUUGUUGGUGAUGAUGGUCACACUGAGAGACUAGUUAUCUUAAGUAGCCAAGCCCACUGUUCUGCUAUAACAAUAGAGGAUAUUGCAGCGGACAGUUCUGGCCGAUCUUUCCUUAUAAAAGUCCCAGAUAGCCAAAUGUUUUACUUUUGGUGCUCAGAGAAGUCAAAGCUCUUGGGUAAAGAGUUGCUAGCAAAGAUGAAGGAUUUACUGUCAAGGAGACCUUCAAUUGCUGAACUAACUGGAAUCAGCAAUUCAAGGCUUGGUUGCUUUGCAACUCAACUUCGUGCCUAUCUUGUUGGAUCAACUACAGUUGGAACUCCAGUAAGUUUAACAGCCUCACAUAUGCAUCAGGAUGCCAGAAUUGAGCAAUCCGAUUCUACCAACCAGGAUGGACAAUUUUCAUCUGUAUUAUCAAAAUCUGUAAGAUUGCGGCACCCUGGAAGUCAGGCAAUAAGGCCUAAUUCAUCAUUUCAGGGCAGCUUAAGUCCUAGGUCAAGUUCCUUUAAAGAAGGCAUGUCCAGAAACCUGUCUUCCCUAAAGAACUCUGCUAGAGAAAUGUUGAGGCGACGCGGGGACAGCCAUCCUGCUGUUGAUAACCUGACCAUCACCUCAGUGUUAGCUCCUGAUGGAGCUUUGAAUCACUUUGAGAACGACAAAGUCCCUGAGACCAUUAGAAGUUUGUCGAUACCUUCAUCUUCCUUUUUGGAGUCAUUAGGGAACUUGUCUGUUCCUCCAACUCUCAGCUCAGAUUCCCAAAUUCCUUUCAUUGGCACUUCUCUUUUGUCCCCCUACUACUGCUGGUGCCCUCCAGGUUCAUCAACACUCCAAUGCUCGGCUGAACCGAUACAGUUCCCUAGCUCAUCAAUGGAAUGUCCUUUGCUCCCACCACUUUCCUCGCUAUUGCCAUCAACAAUUUCCUCCAGUUUGUUGACACAAACCCCACCUUUUAAUCUGGUUGAUUCUCCAUCUUUAGACUUUCCUGCUUUUCUCCCUGAUCCAUUGGUCCGAUUUCCAAGGCCUACUACCCAGCAGAUCCCAACAUUUACACCGCUAAUGUGUGACCCUAUUGUUCACAUUCCGGUGAUUGAUGUCUGCUCGUCAGGUCAAGGCUAUCUUGUUAGCGCGGGUCCUGCAAUGUCAACUGCCAUUCCUCCACUGCAUCCAAAUCUUGUUAACCCAUUGAUACCGGAGACUAACUCAAUGGUGGAAAAGGGUGCAAGAGAGACUCUACGGAUGCUCAUAAGCAGUUCAAGCCAGAAUAUGCACUCUCAGGGUGACGAGAAUCCAGGAAUGAUUGUUGGUGGGAGCAGGGGUCUAUAUGGCAGAACCAUGGAUGUUGGUGUUAUUGUCGCCGGAAGCAGGGGUCUAUUUGGGGGGUCAAGGGAUGUCGGUGUUAUUGCGAGUAGCAUUGCAGCCAUUGGUUUGGUUUCACUUUCAGGUAGAUCUGAUGGGGAUUCCCAUGGACAUACUGGUUUACACGAAGAGGAAUCUUAUGGUUAUAAUGGUUCUUGUUCAGAUGAUGAAGAAUAGAUAUAUGUAUGCCUCGUCAGUAGAACUGCUGCUUUCUUUUUUGUUUUCGGUUUUACUAAUGUAGAUGUAGAUAUUGAAAGCCAUGGCCCUCUGAAAUGUAAUUAGUGCCAGCCCCAUCGUUGUUAUGGUUCUUUGUUGUUACCUGUUGUGGACUAGAUUGUGAAUGAAUUUUGUAUUUUGUUACGGUAGUGCUAGUGUAUAUUCUUUUUCACUAUUUUUUUUUUACAUUCCCGGUCAUAAAUGGAUAUGCCACCAAGAAAGGGGAUGGAUUUAUUGCUACAUCCCCAUGAUACCAGUGUUAAUGCUCGUUUGACUUGCUCUUCU